AUGGCGGGAAGAAUCGUUGCGGAGCCUCUGGACCCGCGCGACGGCUUCAACUGGGUCUUCCUGGUUGAGCUGCUCAUCUGCGGCAUCCUGACCAUCUUCUUCCUCUUCUACUUCAACCGCCUCUUCGCCACGCUCGUCUCCUACGGCAUACGCGCCUACACCUGGCGCACCUUCGACGCCUACAUCGACAUCACCUCGCUGCAGAUCUCCUUACUGGGCGGUCGCAUCUUCUUCAAGGACAUACGGUACCAUGGCCACAACGAGACGAUACUGGUGCAUGGCGGAUACAUCACCUGGAACUACUGGCUGCGCCGGGUCAAAGAUGCAGGUGUAUACACCGAUGGCGACCCUGCCUCCGAGGCCGAUAGCGAACGCACACCAAGCACCCCGAGGAGCCGUUCUGGAAGUCGGAGCGGGAAUCUAGACAAGGCCGAGAAGGGAGGCAAGCAGACGCGGAAGGAGCUACCAUGUCGCUUCUCCAUCAAGAUUUCAGGAAUCGAAGCCUUCAUGUACAACCGGAGCCCCGCAUACGACGGUAUCAUUGAUGCAGUUGAGAAGAAGGCAAAGGCCGCUGCACAGGAUGCGAAAUCGCCCGAAGGGUCAGUGGCGGACUAUGAAAAGACGGAGAAGGAAGAGCAACACCACCAUGUCAAGCUAAGGAAGCCACACAACACCGACAACGACAAGAACGUCAAACGAGCCGACACAGGUAGAUCGACCUCGUCAAGCUCCAAGAAAGCCGACAUUCCCGCCUUCCUUCGACUCCUUCCCGUCCAUGUCGACAUUGUCAAGGGCGCCAUCGUGGUAGGGAACGAGCACACGCUGGCCGUCAUAACCGCGCAGUUUGAGAAAGCUACCGGCACUCUUGAUGCGUCCACCUGUGGGCCACUCGACGUGUACCAGCAGCUGUUCAACUUCCAAGUCACCCAUCCCGUCGUGCACAUGAAGCCCAACCCCGACUACAAGAUUGGACAACUCGAGUCCGCUGUGCAGUAUAAACAGGAGGCAGCAGGGGGUGUUCCGGAGGACUCCAUCAUCGAAAAGGAAGCAAGGCAUAGGCGACAUUGGCGAUGGCUGAAGAGGAUUCCUACCUGGGCCGGUCUCUUUUCCCGCGACUCGGAUUCUAUCCACACGCACACCCGGUCAGGCACGGCUAACAAUCCGCCCUUGAACUCACAAUGGCACUUCCCUGGUCGCGAGCGCUGGAAGGGUCUGGCAAGGUACCUGGACGAUACUACCAACGAUGGUCACGGCGAAUGGGACGGCAUCGAAUACGCCAAGACAUCAUUGAUCGCCGACUGCCCUUGUGUCAACGUCUCCUUCUAUUGGGAUGUCCCUGGCCCGGUCCAGAAUGAUAUCGACCAAAGCACGCAAAUCGAUCCUGCUCGCCCCUACGACAUCAACGGAAGCAUCCCCCCUGAUUAUGGCAUGGACAUACAGAUAUUUGGUGGCACUAUCAACUACGGACCCUGGGCGGAUCGCCAUCGCGGAAUCUUCCAGAAUAUGUUCUUUCCUGGCUCGCGGGUUGACGCUGUUCCCGCAACGCCUUUGAAGGCCGGUGAGCUCCGUGUUCAAACCGUGUUCAAACUUUACCUCUGUAUCGAGAAAGAUACGGUACUACGCAUACCAAUCCGCGAGCCUUCCAAGGACUGGAAGUGGAAAGGGAAAGCCCACACACUAGCCACACACGACAAGUCUGGCGCUGAUAAGAACAAGGGCAAGGCCAAGUCUCGCAUCAGGAGAGGGAAGCGUCGGGAUGCUGGUGGUGCACAGAACGUCCGUCCGUUUGCGUGGAUCGAUGUCAAGAUAGCCGAGCAAUCCACUGUCAAUUAUGUCAUGGACAUGUACGCCUCGAAGCAAGGAUACCAGAGCAAGGUCGAUGUCGAUAUCGCAAGCACAGAGAUCUCAUCCAGCGUCAAUCAUGGUCUUCUGUGGCGUUCCGGUCCCAUCGCUCUUGACUGUGACCUCUCAAAUCCUCUUGGGUGGAACACUUUGCGAAAAUGGUUGUUCAACAUCAAGUGUCAAGACCUGGAACUGUUCCUGCUGAGAGAUCAUAUGUUCCUUAUCAUGGACCUCGUAGCUGAUUGGGGCUCUGGACCGCCACCCGAUUACUUUCUUUUUGUACCUUUCCAGUACUUACUCAACGUCGACUUUUCCAACUUCAAGUUGUACCUCAACACAAACGACGCUAACAUAAUAAACAACCCAUCUGAUCUAGAAGACAACAACUUCGUCAUCCUGUCGGGCCAAAACUUACAGGGAGAAGUGUUCAUACCUCUAGACAAGUUCCGGCCACUUGAAAGUGUGAUCAAGUUCGAUGUCAAGGGCCAGAAUUUGGGUCUCGAGGUUCUGAUGCCGCAGAAGAACACAUUGCGCACUUUUCUACAGUCGCCGAAGGUGGCUCACUUAGGCGGACUUACUUUGACCGGUAGUCAUACCUUGAUGAACGAAACAUCAACGAUGCACACCGACAGGCUCUUCAUGGACAUUCAAGGUCAUAAACUCAGUCUUGAACUGUACGGUUGGCUCAUACAUCAUUUUAUGAAGAUCAAAGACAACUAUUUCGGCGACGACAUGCAUUUCAAGACACUGGAAGAAUUCCAGGGGCUACCAAGUGCAAGCCUAGCUGCAGAUGGAGCCCAGCCGGACGCCCAACCAGCCAAGCUUUCUAACGACCUGGACGUAAUCCUUUGUAUUUCCGCCGAUGAAUCAUGUGCACUACUACCAGCCAAUCUGUAUGCAGCGGGGCGUGGCAUUCGAGCCGACCUUCCAUUCGUUUCAGCAGACCUCAGAUUUACCAACUACUACAUGGAUCUGAUGGUCAACUUCAGUCCCAUCAGCGUCUCUCUUGGGGGGUUGGUACCAGACACCGAGAUACCCAACGAAUUCACAAGUGGUCCUACGGAGCUCUUUGUUGACUCUACUGUCAUUUUUGGACAUCGACUUUUUGGUCUCCCUCCAAUUGAGCCGACCUAUGUGUGUAGCUGGGACUUUGAUGUAGGCAGGAUAUCGGGAGAUUGCACAUCCGAGUUUAUUGAAACUGCGGCAGGAGCAGCACGCUCAUUUGCUUUCACUCUCGACGACGAUGAAAACACUCUGCCUCUCACUGAAGUCCCGGUGAUUCACGAUGCGACGUACCUCAGACUGAGGACCGAUGAGGUGAGUAUCUGUGCACACAUCGCACAAGAAGCACUGCUGUUCAAAACGAGCCCCAUCAGUCUCGACUUCAAUGACCUUGCUGGAAGUACGUUCUCGCAGCGACUCAGUGUCUCAAUACCAGACUUUACGAUCACAGCUGUCCCAUCCAAGUCCGUGGCGCAUCACAGGGCGCGACCCAAGGAAAAAGAAGCGGUCACGACGCAGGCUUAUCUUCAAACUGCCUUGUCGCUAAAUCUGCUGACGCGGAAGUUGGACUUCUCGGAGGAGCGCGCGCAACAGCAGGCUCACAUACGAAUGCACGACAAGCGGACGAAUCGAACUCGGUUUCUGCUUACUGACGAACGCGGUUCUUCCUCGUAUCAAGACGAUGCCAAUCGUCAGUAUGUGCGCACACCAGCAAUGCAAUAUCCUGAUGUGCCUCAUCCUAUCUUCCUCUUCCAACCACCUCAUCAUACCAGCUCUUUCACGUCAUCCAAACAAUCCUCAAAUGCUUCAUCGUCCAAGGCAGCACGGCUGCGUGCGACUAGCAAGCGCUCAUCAUCCUCAAAGUCGAUCGCCAGCAGCAUCCGAUCCGCGGUCAGACACAAGACAGCCAACAAGACUGCGGCUAGCAGUGAAAGUCGAACCCUGCUCAGUGGAUCACCAAACCCAGCAGGGGCCAGGUAUCGAUCUUACUCACCUUUCAAGGAGGAUGAACAUGCCAAACCAGGCUGGGUGCCAUCUUCCGUUGCAUACUCCAGCAGCCUGGCUGUACCUCACUUUACCUUCGAUCGGGUCGAGCCGGAUUUGUCGAAUGUUCCGACCUUCCCUGCCAUACCUCCCAUCAAUUAUGCUCGGGAUGCGGAUGACGUUGUCUUCAAUGAUGUGUCGACAAAGCAUUUGGAUGAGAGCUUCACACAUAGCAGCAUACUCAUUAGCGCGGAGCCAGGCAUACGCGUCUUUUGUACACCAGAGUUCGUUACAUGUGUAUCGAGUCUGAUCGAACUACUCCAGCCGAAACGUCCUGAGGAUAUGUUGGACGAGUUUCAGGUAGAUGUGAUGACCAAAAUUCUCGAGAAUCGCAACCGACUAGAGGGGAAGGGCAGUUCUGUGGAGUUCAAUGUCCGCAUCCCUUUCACACACGUUCGUUUCCAACACACAUUCCAAUCACACUCCAUGAAUGAGACCGGGCAGGACCAGUACGAUCUCAUUCUCAACAAGUUGACUUUAGCGGCAAGGAUCAAGAAGUUUCCGGGAGAGCGAGCUGGCGAGAACUCUCUUUCAUUGCAUUCCACUCUCGGUUCGCUUGGUCUGUCAGUGACCGAACGCGACGUUCAUGGCGACGGUGGAGCAGUUGCUGUACAGGCUGAAAUCAGGGAUGUUUUACUGUGGAUGAUGCAAAGCAAGGAAACAUCGGUAAACAUUUCUUUUCGGUCUUUGGAGAACGCCGUUGCAAGCAAAAAGGUUGAGUACUUGGCCGCACUCAUCCAUCGUACAACGCUGUUAUCGGAGAAACUGGUGACAAGAUUUACUGAGGUCGAGCAAAGACAGCAAGGUCGACUGCGCUAUCUGGCCUGGUACCUCACAAGCGUACAAGACCAACAUCCGGAUCCUGCUUUCCUCACCAAGGCGUCUUACGCCCUGCGAGCUGCUAGGGACCAUCUGCGCAGUCAUGACUCAUGGAAGAUCAUCUCCCGUUUUCGAUACACCUGGCAAUGUCUUCCGCAAUCGGAAAAGGAUGCUAUCCUCGGUGACUGCUCGCAGUCUGAUGUGGCAUGUCCCGAGGAUGCGGAGCAGAAGAUCAUCGCGAUGUGGGAUCAGUGGCGCACGUGGGAUUUGGCGCAUGUGAAGAAGAGUCUCGCAAUGAGAUCACUCUUUGGCCAUCUUGAGGAUCCACUUCCGACUCCCGAUUCUGCCCCCGUACAUGUCGACAUCAGGUCCGCUGAGAUCAAAUUCAUCAUUGACCCCGGGCCAAGACAAAGCGAGGUGUCGUUAGGUUUAUUAACCCUGAACGUCGUCUUGCUACCUCCGACGGAACCUGCUGGGCUUAUGUUGGUAGACGCCAGCAUCCCGAAGAAAUCCACCAUCGUCCAAAUCAGCUCCGGAGAGAUGUCUCUACAUGUUCAGUGGGAAAUUUGUGAAUUGGCAGAGUCCUUACUUGAAUUGUUCCAAAAGGAAAAUCUGAGGGCAGCCGAGAAGAGAAAGCCCAUUGGUCCGCCAUCAGGGCACAAUUCGAAGCCGACGUUCGACCAUGAUCUCCAAGUAGUAUUUGCGACCGACAAAGUUCAAAUCACGCUAGACACUAUCAACCUUCGAAGCAUCAACACGGGCAGCAGCAUGCGAUUCUCGUUCCUUGACGCCGACAGCAGAGCAUCGGGACAAGGAGAGAUUAUAUCAGCUCAUCUCGAUGUGGAUGACGCUGUUGGCGAACUGUCUUCCCACUCCCGGCUUUUGGCCAAAACGCAAUUCGAACGACCGAGCAUCUACUUCGCCAUGGUAGAAUCUGGAGAUGAGAGCAAACUGACCAACGAAAUUAAGGUGGCAGCUGCAAGCCGCAGGAUCGUUGUGAAGGUGCAAGAGGAUGUUCUGGGUCUCAUCGAAGUAGCCGAUAACGUACUAAAAGACGAGGUUGCGUACUUCCUUCGACAAUCCACAAUCAUACAACAAGUCGGGAGCAAGACCUCGGACAAUGACGAGCCUCGCAAGCCUGCCACCGAGUUGCCCAACAUUUCGCUUGCGCUGUUUAUGGACGCAUACCAGAUUGAGCUUGCUGUGCUCCAGCCACUCGGCUGGUCGAUAACAGGAUCUUCUGGGCGUAUAGCCGUCAUCCCUACCCUUGGCAAACAUGUCACUUUGCGAGUCGAUUACGAUCUCGAAGCCAAUUUCCAUCGACUCUACAGCACCUCAAAAGACGGCUCUCAUGUCAUCAGCUCGCUUGAGCUGCCUCCUCUCAAUGGAAGAGUAUCUAUAACGCAAACUGAGAAUGAGACGAAAGUAUCGGCGUCUGGUAUCGUCGAGAUGGUACACGUCCAGGCUUCAGAAAUACAGUCCUUCAUUGCGACUGUCAACAAGCCAGAGAUGUCGCACAUGUUUCACGCGGUUCAGGACGAUGUUGGGGUGCUGAAGACACACAUUGAGGAGCUGUUCCCGGCCUCGGUAGAAUCGCCAGUAGUCAAAGCUCCGACCUCGUCCCGGGAUAUUUUGUUCAGUGUGCAAAUGACCUUGCAUGGCAUGCACAUUUCAGCUAGCGCUCCUGGUCAACACCCAGACUCACCAACAGCCAAUCUUGCAUUCCGACUGUCCACAGUGCAGUUAAGGGCUACGAAUAUUGACCUGGAUCAGAGCAUCCUGUUAUAUCCAGAAGCUGUGGUUCGAAUUCAUGAAGUCACUAUUGACAUGAAUCUGAAAGACGCGACUUCCUUCCGUCAAUGCGGUAAUCUUACGUUCGGCGCGGUUUUCCAGGCCACUACAGAGAAAGACUCUGAACCUGCCCGCAGGGUCUACCGCCUGCGAAGCUCAGGGCUGGAGGUCAAUGUUUUCGCGGACACAGCGUCAGCGGUCGUGGAUGUGAUGAAUCAUCUUCAAGACAAGAUUAAGGACCUGGACCUCUCCAAGGAGAAGAAGUAUUUGCGUCGCCUCCGACAUACAAAGAGCAGAAUCUCUCAUCGACGCGACCGUAGCGUCAAGCGCGAUGCGCAACAAGACUCUGACAGCAUCAGUUCUGGAGCUCUCUUCACAUCAACUUACUCCUUGGAACUACUGGACCUACAGGUUAGCUGGAUUGUCGGAAACUCUGUGGCUCCCUUCCCAAGGAAUGAGGUCCACGAUCUUGUGCUUUCUUUUGGAAAGAUUGAUCUUUCAACGCAGAAAGAUGAUGCCGCACGCUUGAUGAUCGAAGAGAUGCGGUUGCAGAUGGUACCAGUAUCGGCAAACAAAAAGGUGCGAUCGCUCAACUCGGCGUUGUUACCGAAGAUGGUGUUCAACGUAGCAUAUGCAUCUACCAAAGACACGCGCAAGCUGGCAUUCUUUGCUGCUGGUAAAUCGCUUGACCUCCAGCUCGAUUCGCAUUUUGUCUUGCCAGGUAAUGUGAUUGAACGGUCCAUCGCUCUCGCCGGUAAGAAGUUCCGGAAAGCUUCUGCAAACUGGAGUAUGACUCCGACAACUACCGGCGCGCAGCGGAAGAAUCCUUUUGGGAACAAACGCCUUGCAUCUCUAACCGCCGACAUCAACUUUGCCGGAGCUGUCGUGCACAUUCACGGGAGCGAUGCAGCGCCGGUUCAAGGUGCUUCAGGCCGAGCUCAGCAAAAGGGACGUUAUAGCCAGUUUGUUGGUGACGAGUCGAAGAGCAGUCUGGCCUUACGCGCGCCGGGCGUGGCUGUACGCGUCGAAUAUAUGGAUGACGGAAGCGAUCCCUCUCUCAACGCCGAGCUUCGUGUUGAUGGAUCGACCAAUACGUUACUACCGACUGUCGUACCCAUCAUUAUUGACAUAUCGGAUAGCAUCAAGGCCGUAGUCCGCGAAAAAGACGAAGAUGCGGACGAAUCACCUCAACAGCCCCAAGAUCAGUCUAAGCCGACGGCGAAGCUACUUGAAGAAGACAACAUCAUCACCGCGGACCCAACGACCAUAUUGGGCAGAACCAGACUGAACCUGGGACUUCGAAUAUGCAAGCAGGAGUUUAGUCUCAGCUGUCAACCCAUUGCUCGUGUCACGGCAAUCGCCAAGGUUGAGGACAUCUACAUUACCAUCAACAGUGUGAAAUCUCAGGAGCACGGUCACUUCUUCGCUGCGUCAGCUACGUUCGAAAAGCUUGUAACAACUGUGCAGCAUGUCUACUCCCGGGAGUCGACUUUCAGCUUGGACGUGGAAUCGAUCGUAUUAUCAUUGAUGAACAGCAAGCAUCUCAGCGGUACUAGUGGCAUAUCAGCUAUUCUCAAAAUCAAUCCGACGGCUCUGCAAAUCAAUGCUCGUCAACUGCAGGACUUCCUGUUGUUCCGAGAGAUCUGGGUGCCACCGGAAAUCCGCCGAGCUUCUAAGCCCACGUCACCUAGCGCCAACUCGGAGCCACAAGAGUACCUUAUCCAACGCUAUCAGCAAGUUGCUGCCGCCACUGCAUUCCCUUGGAACGCCAACGUAGCCAUCGCAGAUGUGAAGGUCGACCUAGAUCUGGGCCAAUCUAUCGGAAAGUCAUGGCUUCACAUUCACAACCUGUGGGCGUCGUCCAAGAAGACCACCACAUCCGAACAGAACCUUUGUGUCGGAGUGGAAAAGAUUGGCAUAGAGAGUACAGGCCGGACUAGUGGCUUCAUUGAGCUGCAUGAGAUCAAAGUACGUACGUCGAUUGGAUGGCCUUUACAAGAGGCGAACACUCGUCAGACACCACUCAUCCAAGCAUCAGUAGCUUUCCGUCAGCUACGCGUCCGGACUGGGUUCGACUUCCAAGCUUUCGUCAUGGCGGAUAUUGCGGAGUUCGGCUUCCUGAUGUACAACGUUCGCCCAGAGGGUGAAGAUGUACAAGAUCGGUUGGUGGCUAUACUCGAUGGUGGCAAAGUACACGUCUUUUGUCAUGCUACGAGUGCCGCACAGGGUCUUGCGCUGUGGCAAGCGAUUGAACGGCUGAUCCAAGAGAACCAACAAGCGUACAAGCAGUCUCUCCGGGAUAUCGAAAAAUUCCUUCGUCGCAAAUCAUCAGUGCCGGAACCCUUUGAACGAUCAGGAUCAAACAGCCAGCUCAUCGCGAAGCCCGACGAAGACAAUUUCAAAGCACCAAUCUCACUACAUACCGACGUUGUGGUCACGUUGCGGUCAAUCAGGUUUGGGGUCUUCCCAUCAACCUUCAUAGACAAUCAGGUCUUGAUGCUCGAAGCUGGUGACAUGCAAGCGCGCUUUGCCGUCGCACUGGAAAAGAAAACCAAGAUUCACUCCAGUCUCGGGAUGACGUUGGGCCAACUUUCUGUCGCACUGGCUUCAGUACCCACACCAAAGAAAAGCAAACCCGUGACCGAACUCACCGUUGAAGACGUGUCCGCGAGUGUCAGCUCUGCCCGCGGCGGCACCAUCCUACGCGUACCCAAAGUCAUCGCUACAAUGCACACUUGGCAAGUACCCAAGGGAACACACAUCGACUACCUCUUCCGCAGCUCCCUAGAGGGCAAGGUAGAUGUCGGCUGGAACUACUCGCGCAUCUCCUACAUCCGUACCAUGUGGUCAAACCACUCCCGCACCCUCGCCUCCCGCCUCGGCAAACCCCUCCCUGAGUCCAACAUCAAAAUCAGCACAUCUCAAACGCUGCAAGACGACCCCAACGCGCCCGCAUCUGAUUCUCCCUCCACUGCUUCAGACAAAACAACCGCCAUGCCUUCGAACCGGCCCCGCGCCCCCUCCGUGUCACCAGACGGCCAAGAAAAGAUCACAGCGGUGGUGAAUGUGCCACAGUCACGCUACGAGUAUACGCCGCUCGAGCCGCCGUUAAUCGAGACACCACAGUUGCGGGAUAUGGGUGAAGCGACGCCGCCGUUGGAGUGGAUUGGGUUGCAUCGGGAUCGCUUGCCGAACGUCACGCAUCAGAUUGUCAUCGUUACGCUGUUGGAGGUUGCGAGGGAGGUGGAGGAGGCUUAUGAGAGGAUUCUGGGGAGCAGUUGA